AAAGGAUCCAUUUUCAACUGAAAAAUCAACCACCUUCUCGGGUUGUAAGGGGGGCAAAGGGGGAACACAGCAGACCCAGUUGAGAUUUUUGGGUUCUUUCAACUUUCCUUCUUUGGAUUUUUGCUGCCUCAAACAGAUUUUGGAGUUUUGCAACUAAGUUUCAUUUUCUGAGUAAAUAAAACAGGGGAUUGGUACCUCAAAAUGCUGCUUCAUUAUUUUUUUCAUCAGAUUCAACUUUUGGUGAACCGGAUCUGAUGCAUGCUCUUAGUUUUCUUCCUUUCUCAGGCUGCACCCUUCCCUUGGCAUACAUUCUUUUUCCCUUUGGACUGCUUUGCUGUAGAGAUCAUGAACACCUUCUCUUCGUUGAUCCAGCUUGCCUCUUCACACCAUCUCCUCACCAUGCUUGAUGUUGAGCUAUAGUGGGCUACCAUAUGCCUUCAGCACUUGCUGUGUGAUUUGGCUAAAAAUGGAAGAGAGAUUUCACAACGAGACCUAAUGGAAUCCAUUUAGAAAAGUGGGGUUUUUUCUUUUAUUUUUUUGGUUUUUUGUGUGGUGUUCUCUCAAAAUCACUAUCAGAGGUCCCUCAAGAUCAUUGAAGCUCUGAUACCAUGUUGGAUUUUUCGGUGGUAAGAAGGAGGCUUAAAGAGAGGACUUGGAGGAGAGGAAACACACCCGGAGUUCCCUCUUUUGGACUAGGCCUGGUAAGCAAUUGAAGGCUUCAAUGGAACCUCCAGGACGUGUGGAGGAACUUAAAGGGAAAACCUAGAGCACUAUCAAAAUUUAGCAAAGUGUUAAGCGCCAAAGACUCUAGGGUGUGCCCAUCAUACAUCUUGGGAUUUGAACCAGGAGAGGCAUUUGUGGUGCGUAAUGUCACAAACAUGGUGAUCCCAUUUGAGAGUGUGUUAGUUUUGUUUGCACAAAAAUUCAGUUGAAGGAGAAAAUUAGAAGGCUGAAAGAUAAAUAUUUGAAAAAAGCUAACAAGGGGAAAAAGACAUUUUUUACUCCACGUGAGGAUCAGGAAAACUACAUCCAAUUCAACUGCUAAUAUUUCAGCUUCCAAACUGGCAACUCCAAGGCUCUUUCUAAUUGGAAUAUUCACAUUCACCUUCUCACCAACCUCUGUUGCUCUCUUCACCUUUUGUUUGCCCCAUAUCUUCUUAGAUAAAUGAAAAACCUGAUCCUCAUGUGGAGUAGAAAAUGUCUUUUCCCCCUUGUUAGCUUUUUUCAAAUGUUUAUCCUUCAAUUCAGCAAUACGUAGACUCUUCCAUCUCUUCUCCAGUGCCUCCUUCUCUGGUCCUUCAACUACAUCCAACCCAACUGCUAAUAUUUCAGCUUACAAACUGGCAACUCCAAGUCCUCUUUCAAACCCGUUUUUUAACCAACUAAAAUCCUAACAGGGUGGACCCUCAGAGACAAAAGCUGGUCUAGAAUUUGCUGUGAACUCCCUUUAAGUUGAAAACAUUUUAGUCAUUGGCCAUAGCUGCUGUGGUGGCAUACGUGCUCUCAUGAGUAUGCAGGAUGGAGAAGACUCAAGAAUUCUCACUUAGGUAAGCUCUCUUUAGUGGAUUUACUGGAAGGUGGGUUGUUGUUGGGAGGAAGGCAGGGCUAAAUACAGAGGUUGCUGCUUCCAACCUCAGUUUUGACCAGAAGUGCAGACACUGUGAGAAGGAAUUCUCUCUGCCACUCUCCCUCUUCCCCAUAAUAGUUUUCUGCAUCCAAGAAUCAGUUAACUGUUCAUUGUUAAACCUGCUCACUUACCCAUGGAUAGAAGAAAAGGUAAGGAAAGGGCAGCUGUCUGUCAAUGGUGGCUACUAUGACUUCGUUGAAUGUACAUUGGAGAAAUGGACACUGGAUUACAAUGGAGGAAAGACAGAUGAAAGCAAUAGAGUUGCAGUGAAAAAUCAAUCCUUCUGGCGCUGACUUCUUUCUGUCUUCAACUUGAUUUUCCUUUUUCUUUUCCUUUUUUUUUUUUUUUUGGUUGUGUUUUCCACUGUGCUGCCUAAUUUAUUAAUGGCUAGACAGUUGAACAAUAAUGCUAUUAUUAAGAAUUAAGGAAAUAACUAUCCCGUUGUAUCAUUGUUGUAAUGUCACGUUAGUUCUAUUUCAUACUUGUAGUAAAGCUUCAGCUAAGUCUUUCCCACUCUAUACCAUUUUCUCUGUCAACUUGUGGUUAAGUUGCUGAGCACCAUCUUCAUCACAUCUCAAGCCUGAACUGCCAGAAAAGCCUGACUAUCCAAAGCCUGAAUUACACAAGAGUUUCCACACAAUGGAAGUAGGAGCUGCUCUUGUAUCUGUUACCUUUGAAUGGGUAAUCAAUAAGUUGGAGUCCAAAACCAUUGAAUGGUUUGAAUUAGGAAAGGAGGCACGUGAUGCAUUAGAGAAUUGGAAAAAACUUUUGCCGAGCAUACGUGAUGUUCUUGAAGAUGCAGAGACGAAGCAAUUAACCAAUAAUGCUGUAAAGAAAUGGCUUUCAGAGCUUAGAGACAUAGCUUAUGAUAUGGAGGAUAUCCUGCAUGGAGUUGAAGCUGAUGCACGAAGGAUGGGAUUGAAUUUAAAACCUUGUGAUCAAGCCAACACCAGUAGGGCAAUAAAACUUAUCCCAACAGCAUCAUGUUUCACUGGUUGUAGUUGUAUUCCCGGUGAUUUCAAGGUUGAUCGAGAGACUAUUUCCAAGAUAAAGGGCAUUACUGAUAGAUUGAAAGACAUCAAGGCACGCAAGGAGACAUUGGACCUGAAAAUUGAACAUGGGACCAACGGGGUAGUUACCACACAAAGGAAUUUCACUACUGAGGUGCCUGAAAGUCGUGUAUAUGGCCGGGAAAAAGACAAGGAUGCUAUUCUUCAAAUGUUGCUAAAAGACGAAGAUAGUACCAAAAGCUUCUCUGUGAUUCCCAUCGUGGGAAUGGGAGGAUUAGGGAAGACUACUCUUGCUAGACUUGUUUAUAAUGAUGAAAAGUUGAAAGGCGUGUUUCAGAAAAAGGCAUGGGUUUAUGUCUCUGAUAAGUUUGAUGUUCUUGGAAUAACAAAAUCUAUCUUAAGACAAAUGAAUGAAGAAGUAAGUGAUUCAGAAGAUCCUGGAAAGCUUCAAUUGAAGUUAAAAGAAUUGCUAACUGGACAAAAGUUUUUACUUGUACUUGAUGAUGUUUGGAACCGGGAUUAUCUACGUUGGGAAGGAUUAGAAAGACUUUUCACAUCGGGAGGACAUGGAAGCAAAAUAAUUGUCACAACACGUAAUGAGUUUGUUGGGAACAUCAUGGGAGGGGAUGAAAGCAGGGUUUGUCGUCUUGAUUUGCUUCCAGAAAAUGAGUGUUUGUCAUUACUUGCAAGGCAUGCACUAGAAACAGAAAAUUUUAAUUCACAUGGGCAUCUUAAAGGAAUCGGUGAAGAAAUAGUGAAACAGUGUGGAAGGUUGCCUUUGGCUGUAAAAACCAUUGCAGGACUUCUUCGUGAAGACCACUCAAAUCCUGAUAAAUGGAUGCAAGUAUUAAAAAGCGACUUAUGGAAAGUAUCAGAAGGGCAAGGUGGAAUUCUUCCAGCUUUGAGAUUGAGCUAUCAUCAUCUUCCUUUUCAGUUGAAAGCAUGCUUCGCCUAUUGUGCUAUAUUUCAGAAAGGUUAUGAAUUUGAGGAAGGUGAUUUGGUUUCAUUAUGGAUGGGACAAGGGCUCCUUCGACAACAACAGGCAGAAGGAGUGAAGCAAAUGAAAAGCUUGGGUCGUCAAUACUACCUUGAUUUAUUAUCCAGAUCAUUUUUUCAGCGAUCAAGCAACAAUAAAUCACGCUUUGUCAUGCAUGACCAUAUGGUUGAUUUAGCUAGAUGUGUUGCUUCAGAAACAUGCUACCAUCUAAGUAUGUCAGACUGUAGGAUACCAGAAGUCACUCGCCAUCUGUCAUUCUUUUGUGGUAAAUAUGACACCUACCAAAGAUUUAAAGUGAUGGAUAAAAUGAAGAGUUUGCGAACAUUCCUACCACUAUUUCCAGUUGGUAGCUAUGGAUCGAACUACUUAUCGUAUAGAGUGGUGCAUGAUUUGUUUUCAAAGAUGAGAUGCUUAAGGGUCUUGUCUUUCAGGGGUUAUGGGAUAAAGAAGGUUCCGGAUUCAAUUGGAGAUCUGAAGCUUUUGUGUUAUGUUAAUUUAUCUGGGACUCAAAUUCAAAGUCUACCUGAUUCUGUGGGUUUUCUUGUAUACUUACAGACAUUGAUAUUAAGCUAUUGUCAGAAGCUUACUCAGUUGCCAAAGGGCAUCGUGAAUUUAGCUGACUUGCUUCAUCUUGAUAUUACUGGUACAUGGAGUUUAAAGGAGUUACCGUCAGGAAUUGGCCAGCUGACAAAUCUUUUGACUUUGCCCAAAUUUAUUAUUGGAAAUGACGGUGGGCUAAGACUAGGAGAGUUGAAAAACUUGAAGCAUCUUCAAGGUAAACUGCUCAUCUCAGAUCUGCAUAAUGUCUCAAAUUUUCAAGAUGCUAAUGAAGCCAGCCUAUAUAAGAUUGAGGGCCUUGAUGAGUUAGUCUUGCAAUGGAGUGAUGACUUCCAGACUUCACGAAAUGGAAGCAAUGAAGAUAAGGUACUCAGUCAGUUGAAACCUCAUUACAAUUUGAGGAGGUUUACAAUUGUGUUCUUUGGUGGAUUGAAAUUUCCAUCUUGGAUAAGUGAUUCGUCACUCUCUAAAUUGGAGUACCUAGAACUACGUGGUUGUCAAAAUAUCACUUCACUACCAUCCCUUGGGCAAUUACCACUGCUAAAAGAAUUGAUCAUAAAAGGCAUGUCUGAGUUUAAUGGAGAUAAUUCCUUCUCUGGUAGUUUUUCAUCACUAGAGGAGCUGACAUUGGAGGACUGUCCCAAGUUGAUUGGAAAAUUACCUGGCCACCUUCCUUCUCUCAAAAGUCUUGUGAUUCAAAGGUGUCCUCAAUUAAGCUAUUCACCACUGAGUCUCCCAUCACUUGGAGUUUUGGAAAUAACAGAUUGCAAUGAGGCAAUCCUUAGGAGCAUGAUGAAUGUCACUUGCCUCACCUCUUUGCAGAUUGAGAGAAUUUCAAAGCUUACCUGCUUGCCUAAAAGCAUAACACAAUUCUUGACAGCUGUUGAAACAGUAGACAUUGAAGAAUGUGAUGAACUUACUUGCUUGUGGGAGGACGGAGCCAGUCUUGUCAGUCUUAAGUGUCUAAGGAUUCAGAAGUGCCCUCUACUUGUAUCCUUGCCAGACCUUCUGCCUUCUAGUCUUGAAAUUUUGAGUUUAGAAAAGUGUGAUAACCUUGAUUGCCUGCCAAAUGGACUGCAUGGUCUUACUUGCCUUAAGGAAUUGUCCAUAGGAAAGUGUAAAAAAUUUGUGCGCUUUCCAGUAACUGGCUUGCCAUUGCAUCUCAAAAAGCUUCAGCUCGAGGAUUUGGUGGUUUUGGAGUCAUUGCCAGAUGGAUUGAUGAAGAUUGGGGAUGGAGGCAACAAUAUGCUGCAACUUGAAGAAUUAGUCAUUAAAGGAUGUGAACAGCUCAAAUCUUUUCCCAGAGACAACUAGCUGAUUGCUUGUGAUCUUUGUUAGACACAGUUAAUUUCACAUCAAUGAAGAGGAUGAUGCAUUCCCUUGAUUGAUAUAUAUAGAAGGUAUUGAUUUUGAUUUCAUUUUUUUUCCUUUCUUUCCAUGAUAUAUAUCCAGCAUUUGAAGAUGAAGAGUCUGAUGAUACCUAAAAGCGAAAUCUGUUGUGAAACUACUUCUGUAGAUGCUGGAAACCAAAUGCAGGACAUGUAGUACAGUGAUGAGCUUUGGUUAAUUUAAUACUAACGAACCAGAGUGAUGUUGAAUAAAAAAAUUACUUUGUUCUUUGUAUAUAUAUGCUUGGAGUGUGUGUGUCAGUAACAUGAAUCCUCCGUUGAACAGAUCAGCAGAGGUUUCACAUUCAAAUAAUGUUUUGAGUGAUUCUGUAGAAGGGACUUUGUAUUGUCAUAUAUUCCUUUGUGAAAGAAUUUAUGGUUGGAGUAUAUAUGGUGUUUUUGUUUAGACAUUGUAUAGCAGUCACAAUCAAAUUUCUAUCUUAAU